GAAAGUAUCAAUAAGAAUGGCUUGCAUGCUUUUCCCCGACCUCCUUCCGCGAAUUUCCUUCACCGCUAUGUAGCGGCCAGGACGUGAACGCAAACAUGAAGAACGUGUUUGAAGUGCUGGGAAAGGGUGGAGCCAGCUCAUCCAAAAAGGCUGCCGCGGCUAGCAGGACACCGGGGGCCAAGGCCUACACCACCUGCCCGCUGUGCCAGCGCACUGUGCCGGCCUGGGCCGCGGAGGCCCACGUGAGCCAGUGCCUGGCAACGCCGCGCGCGUCACAGCAGGCGCCGACGCCUGCGGCGACAGCACCUGCCCUGCAGCCGUCAUCUUCACCUCUCCAGACGCCAGCAACAGCUCUCAAGCCCCGACAAAUAUCUGAACAGCCGGAAGGCAGCAUACAGGUCGCUUCAGAAAGGGAAAGCCCAAAUGAAGCUAGCGCACAGCGACAGGCUGUGGCGGGAAGGGAGCAGGCACAGGCGGGGUCCGGGGGAGAUCCAGGCGGGGUGCCGCCGAGCGCAUCGGGGACUCCAGACACAGCACCGGCAGCAGCCGCUCCCGCACAGGGUAAAGGAGACCCAUAUACCAUUGAUAUAGAUGACGGUGAUGAUGACGAUCUGGUGGAGGUGGUGGAGGUGGAGGUGGAGCGGGCGGGUGCCGCCAUGCCGCGCCGGCCGCUCAGGGUGGUGCAGCAGCAGCCGCUCGCCUCGGAGGCAGCCGCGACAGCUGGGCCGGCUGAGCCGGCAAAGCUGCCAGGAGUGAACGCAUUUGAAGUCAUGCGUCGGAGCCAGCUGCGAGCGGCGGCGCUGACUCAGAACUUCUUCCUGGAGCGAACACCCGCAGGCGCCUGGCUGGGGUACUGGUGGGCCAAAGGCACGGCCACGCCGGCGCAGCAGCAGCUCGCCGCCAGGUGUGUGUGGACCGCCACCAUGCCUGUGGGACGAGGAGGAGGAGGAGGGGGAGGAGGCGUGGGUCUGUCGGGCGGCGGCAAGGAGUCGGUGUGCCUGAUGACCAACGUGCGGCCGGGCGAGGGUGGCGAGGUCAGCUGGAGCGCAGCGGACCUGCCCAGCAAUGCCCUGCCGCCCGAGGGCCGCUGGCGCGCCGGCCCCUCCGCGCUCAAGAGCGGGCUGCAGAAGGCGGUGCGGCUAGGCCGCGGCGGCUGCGCGGUGCGGGCGGCGCUGCACCUGAUGAAGGAGGAUGACGGCGCCGGCGGUGCAGGCGGAGGCGGAGGUGGAGGAGGGGCAAGAGGCGGCACCCAGGCGGCGCCAUUCUCACAGACCCAGACGCAGGCACAACUAGGCAGCGGUCGGGGACGGGGAGGGGGAAGGACCGGAGCUGGUGCUGGGGCCGCAGCCGGAGCAGGCGGUGGCGGCCGAGGCGGUGGGCGGUUCAGCAGUGCCUGGGCGGCGGCGGCGUCUGGUUCGUACGGCGGCGGCGGCGGCCCCCAGCAGCUGCUGCGGCGGCUGUCGAUCAUCUGUGUGGAGGACAGCCUGCUGCACCCGGGGCUGCAGCUGGUGGUGUGGCUCAUGGCGGCGCAGGCCAAGGGCUACGUGUUGGGUCGCAGCCACGUGGACGCGCUGCUGGCGCUGACCUACCAGUUGGCGGCGGUGGGCGUUCGGGACGCUCUGCCGCGCACGCCCUGGGGCAGGCUGGCAGCGGCUGGCGCGGCAGGGGGAGGGGCGGGAGGGGCAGAGGAGGACGCGGCGGAGGCGGUGGAGGCGGAGGAGGAGCUGUUUGUGGACGAGGAGGAGGGUGACGAGGAGGGCUGUGGGGCGGGUGCGGCAGCGGGCGGCGCCGAGGCCAAGAUCCCCAGAUCGCUGUUUGAGGUUGACGAGCUGGCUGCCAGCCCUGCCGGUGCCGGUGCCGCUGGUGCCGACAGCUGCCGCGGAAUGGUCGGCCACGCGGACGGCAGUGUCGGCGGCGGCGGCGGAGGCGGAGGCGCUGGUGGCGGAGGCGGCGGAGGCGGCUGCAGUGGCGCCGGCGGCGGCAGUAGCAGCCCCGGGGGUCUGGGUCCCCAGGAGGCUGGGUUAGUCAAGGCGCUGCUGCUGCGUGCGGCGUACGGCGGCAUGGCGUGUGACGUGCAGCUGCUGCGGGGCUUUGCCGGGUACUGGGCGGCCCGGUUUCUGGGCGAGGCAGCGCCGCCACCUGUUGCUCCGUCGCCAGCUGCGGCCCCAGAGCUGGCAGCAGCCACUGCGCCGGCGGCACCGCCGCAGCAGCAGCAGCCCUACUUCGCUGCGGCGAGCCAGCAGCACCCCUGGGCGCUGACGCAGCCCGCGCCUGGGCCCGCAUCUGACCGGGCCUCCGACGCCUACUUCGCAGUCCGGCUGCAGGGCGAUGGGGACCAGCCGCCACCCGCCGCCGCCUGCGCCGGUUUUGUGCCCGCAGCCGCGCUCAUGGUGCAGCAGCGGCGCGAGCAGCGCUCCCUGCAGUCUAGCCUGCAGCACCACCAGCACCAGUCUUGCAGCACGCAGCAGCCGCAGCACCCGGCGCAGACGCAGUGGCAGCGGCAGCCGGCGCAGUGGCACGCCGCGCCCUCCGCCGCGCCGUGGCAGCGCCCACAGCACGACGACCAUCACAUGCCGGCGCAGCAGCACCACACGCAGCAGCAGCCGGCAGGGGCCGAGGCGCUGGUGCGGCCCCGCUGGCGCGACCCAGACGCCGAGCUGGCGUACGGCAGCAGUAGCGGUGGCGGUGGCAGUGGCAGUAGCGGGGGCGGUGGCAACGGCACUGGCGGUGAUAGGAGCGGCGCCAGCGGCUGCAGCCCCAUGCAGGGCAGUGGCGGGGGCGGCGCCGCCAGCAGCAGUAGGCCUAGCGCCUGGCUGUCGUACCUGCACCAGCUGUACGACACAGUGCCUGUGCCCGCGGCUCUGGCCAGCACUGCCUCUGUGGGCCCGCUACGCCGCUCCGACGUGCCGCUGUCAGCGGUGGACUUCCACGUGUCAGAUGUCGUGCCGCAGCUGCUGUCACGCGCCGACGUGGCGGCGGCCGUGGCGCGGCGGCUGCUGGCCAAGCGCGCGGCGCGCAGCGCGGCGGCGGCCGCCGCGGCCCCGGAGGGGCCGGAGCGGGAGGAGAAGCGCGCGGCGGCGGCGGCGGCGCUGGCAGAGGUUGAAGCCAUGAGUGACGAGGCGGUGGCAGCGCAGCUCACGAUGAUGGCUCCAGAGGACGCCGAGGACGGAAUAAAAUCAGCCAUGUGGUUAUUUCGGAGCAGCAGGAACCCCAAGGCCUGGAUUCAUUCGGUCAGCCCUUGCUGCUGCCGCGCUGCGGCGGCCGCGCCUGCCCUGGCACCGUCACCCGCUGCCGCCGCAGCUGCGGCAGCUGCAGCUGCGCAGCAGGAACAGGGAUGCAAGCCCAAGGGCAAGGGUCCAGCAGCAAGAGGGCAGGGCGAAGACGGUAGCACGGCAACGGUCUCGCUGCGGUCCGGGACAGAGUCCGCAACAGCAGCAGCGGGGCCAGUGAUGUUGCAGGGUGCAGGCGGCGAGGGAGUCACGCUAGACUUGCAUUCGCAAAAGCGGCCAUCGCUUUCACAGUUCGGCGCCUCCCAAGGCACGGCUACAGCAGCCUCGGCUCCGCGGCCGGCCCCGAGCUGCUACUGCGUCGAGCACCGCUGUGUGGCUGAGCAGCUAGCGGAGGAGCAGGCGGCGCGGGAGAGCCUGGCGGCCGUGUGGGGCGUGGCGGCACCUUGGGCGGAUCGCUUCUCGGUCCAGUACAUCGCGCGCCGGUUCGGGCCGCUGCCGCACUGAAUGUACAACUAGAGCUGGGCAUUGUGGAAAGCAUUUCGUACCGGUAGUGCGCGUGGUGGGUGGCGAUUGCAGCUAGUGGGAGAAGCGAGCAGUGUUGUUUGGAUGAUGCAUGGGUGGGACGGCGUAAUUUUGUCAUAAGACUGAGAGCCAAAUGAUGAAGCCUUGUUAUUGAGCCGCGACGUUGUGGGUGGCAGCGAUGGCAGGUGUUGUGCUGCAGGGUGCGGCAUGAGCGGUGCGUGCAUGCAGGUGUGGUGGUGGGGCAAAUGGACGCAUCCCGUAAGGCGCCUGAGGUGAUGACAGUGGUGAUAAGGCGCAUGCGCUGUGUGCAAUGCGUGUAUUGCUUUCUGUGUGGAUCGCAGGGGCGAUCAGUUGCCUAUGAAUGGCGGUGGCUGCAGUGCGUCGGAGGUGUAAACCCAGGGACGACCCAAUGUCAACCAUAAGCGCCCCGAGCCCGCGAGGCCCCAGCUCCGUGCGACAGGUGGCCCCUUCUUUCGACGCUCUAGGUGCAACACGCCCCAACAGCUUCUGCCAGUUCGCGCUUUCUGCUAGUUCGACAGCGGCAACUCGGCAAGCACGGACGCGCAGGUAGUUCCCAAGCCUUCGGAUCCAGUUCCGAUCCGAUGUGGUACGACCGUGCGGUGCUGCGCGCGCACAGAGCCGUUUACGCAUACAUUAUCUUGAUAGGACAUUGAUGUAAAGCCGCAGGAAU